CUCACUUUUGUGAUUCACUGUAGCUAGGGAAGAUUUAAAAGUCAACUGGUACAGGCUCCAAUGGGGAUAAGCUUACUAGUAUCCUGUGUAGUCUUGCAAAUAGCCUGUGGUGUGUCGAAAUCUCAAUUUCUGUGUUGCCUCUUCAGCAGGGGCUAACUCAUCAUGUGACAUAGUUUUGUAGUGCCUUUGCCAAAUUAAUUUUUCAGACAAGCUAUUUUGUCACCAUCAGAAAAGAUUUCUACAUUAUGCGUGUGUGCGUUUUGGUAAAAGUGAUCAUAAUGAAAGGAGAUUAAUUCAUUUUUUUUCUGGCCCCCCACACUCCUCUGGUUUGCACACGCACACAAAGCUUGGCUGUGCACACUCACGCGCGAGCAUACCUUCCACGUCCUCGUUCCAUCUUCAUCCAUCUCCCCGCUCCCUCCCAACCUACCCUCCCUCCCUCUCUCGGAGAUAGAUGGGAGGAGACGCUCCUGCUGUAUGCAGCGGUCUCACGAAGAAGGACAUAGCUUUCCCCCGCGCAGCUUCCAUGAUCUAUCUCCUCCUCUUUGGUGCAUCUUGAAUUGUCUUUCAUGGACCCACAGCGGGCACCGUGCAACAAUUUAUCUCCAUUUCAUUUACUGACUGGAGGCAUCUGACUGGUGACACCGGCUGGAUUUAAACCACCUUGUGAUGCUGGUGACGAGCCGGACCGAUGAGCUCAUCUCCGCUCUCCGGCUACGGGGGCGUUAAAGAUGCGGCUGGUGGACUGGGUCAAGGUACCUGUCUUCGAGUCACCCCGGCUCGGUUCGUCUGACUGAUCCAACGCUGCUUGUCUGCAGGGACAACUAUUUUUUUUCCCUCCCUUUUUUCCUCCCUUUUUGGAUCCAACACUUCAGUCUGAAGGAUGGAUAACUAUUCUACUUUGCAACAGAGGAUGUGUAAAAAUACACCCAGCUCCUGGGAGACCGUCACUAUGGCAGCAGUUACUAUGGAGAUAGCAAGGCUGCACGUGAAGUGAUGGCUGUCAUGGGACCCUGAGGGUUUCACACUCUCGUGCUAGAGAUAGCACACAUGUACAUUCAACUACAGAACAGCUGCAAGAGACUACUUGAGUACAGUGUCUGGAAAUGACCACAAAACGGAAGCUGAUUGGCCGGCUGGUUCCAUGCCGCUGUUUCCGUGGGGAAGAGGAAGUGAUCUCAGUGUUGGACUACUCUCACUGCAGCUUGCAGCAGGUCCCCAAGGAAAUAUUUAGCUUCGAGAGAACCCUGGAGGAGCUCUACCUGGAUGCCAACCAGAUUGAGGAAUUACCCAAGCAACUCUUCAGCUGCCAAGCCUUGAAAAAGUUGAGCAUGCCUGAUAACGACCUCUCUAACCUUCCAACCACAAUUGCCAGCCUGGUUAACCUCAAAGAGCUUGACAUCAGUAAAAAUGGUAUACAGGAGUUUCCAGAUAAUAUUAAAUGCUGUAAAGGCCUGUCAGUGGUUGAGGCCAGUGUCAAUCCCAUCACCAAGCUUCCAGAUGGUUUUACGCAGCUUUUGAAUCUGACUCAGCUCUUCUUAAAUGAUGCCUUCCUGGAGUACUUGCCAGCUAACUUUGGCAGACUCUCCAAACUUCGGAUCCUGGAGCUGAGAGAGAACCACUUGAAAACAAUGCCAAAGUCUAUUCAUCGACUGACACAGUUGGAGAGGUUGGAUCUGGGUAGCAAUGAAUUCUCUGAAGUGCCGGAGGUGUUGGAGCAGAUCCACAACCUAAAGGAGCUGUGGAUGGAUAACAACUCACUACAGUCCAUACCUGGGUCACUAGGAAAACUUCGCCAGCUGCGCUACUUAGACUUAGCUAAGAAUCGAAUCGAGAAUUUGGACACAGAUAUUUCAGGUUGUGAGGCCUUAGAGGAUCUUUUGCUUUCCUCCAACAUGCUUCAGCACCUCCCUGACUCUAUAGGAAUGUUAAAGAAGCUGACAACACUUAAAGUUGAUGACAACCAGCUGACCUCACUGCCAGGAACCAUUGGGAGUGUGAAGCCCAAGCAAGGUCUGUGUCUAUUGGAGGAACUGGAUUGUAGCUGUAAUGAGUUGGAGUCACUGCCUCCAACCAUAGGCUACCUGCACAGUCUUCGGACCUUUGCUGCUGAUGAGAACUUUCUCAUUGAACUUCCCCGAGAGAUUGGUAACUGUAAGAAUGUCACAGUGAUGUCACUACGUUCCAACAAACUUGAGUUCCUCCCUGACGAGAUAGGACAGAUGACCAAACUUCGAGUUCUAAACCUUAGUGAUAAUAGGUUAAAGAAUCUACCGUUCACCUUUACUAAGCUAAAGGACCUGGCAGCUCUCUGGCUUUCUGACAAUCAGUCCAAGGCUCUGAUCCCCUUACAGACAGAAGCCCACCCUGACACCAAACAGAAGGUUUUGACCAACUACAUGUUUCCUCAACAACCUCGUCAUGAUGAGGAUUAUCAAUCAGACAGUGACAGCUUUAAUCCUACUCUGUGGGAGGAGCAGAGACAGCAGAGAAUGACUGUGGCCUUUGACUUUGAGGACAAGAAAGAAGAGGAGGAUAACUCCGGGAAGGUCAAGGUCGAGAUAAAUUUAAAACGCUAUCCAACACCCUAUCCCGAGGACCUGAAGAAUAUGGUCAAGUCAGUACAAAGCCUCGUGGGUAAAAACGUCCACACUGGGCAUGGGCACCAGCACCACCUUAGCACAGGCACUGCCACCUCAGCAGGAACCAAUAUGGAACUUGCACACCAUAACAAAGAACCGUAUGAGCCACCAUGGCCUCUGCCUCCCAAAGAGGUAACAGACAGAGAGAUGCAGGACUUCUCUCAGACUCAGCUAAUGGAUCAGGGGUCGAUGCAUAAUUCUGGCAUUGACAUCCCAAAAAGGAAGGACAAAGAGGACCUGACGGAGAGCUCAGAGGAUUCAAUGGGCGGCUCACCCAAUGACAUCCGAAUCUCUGACAUGAGGCCCACCUUAGUGGAGCCACCGAUGUACAAACCAAAGGUGGUGCUGCUUGGAAAGGAUAAGAAAGAAUCUACAGACGAGGAGGUGGAUAAGCUACACUGUCUGAACCACAGCGGCUCGUCGGCCACUUACUCUGAUUACUCUCCGUCUGUGGGCUCUUCUGGCUCCUCCAACCCACCCGCUAACACUCAUUCCCACCCUCACUCUCACACACACCAACACAACCCUUCCCUGCCAGCACCCAACAAGGACCAGGCUCCUCAAACACAUUGGACCAACAGACUGGCACAGUCUUUUCCUAAACCUAUUGACUCCAAGCCCCUGCUGUCGCAAAGGGAAACUCCUCCAUCAGGGACCCUGCAGCAACGUGGAGACAGACGUCCAUUGAGUGAGCCUUUUGACUGGUCUGAGGCCCCUCACUAUGACAACACCGGCUUUGAUGCCGAGGAGUCUCCCCUAGAAACCUCAUCGUCUACUACGAGCCAGGGUAAUCCGCCACUGGGUUCCAAACCUCGGAGCCAGUCAACACAUGGCCGCCGUCCUCUAUUAAGGCAAGAGCGAAUUGUCGGCGUCCCAUUAGAGCUGGACGCACAGACACUCCCCUUUCACACCAACCAACGCACCGCACAUGAAAAUGAAGCCCAAGCUUCUGCACAGACUUCUCAGAAUCCUUGGCAGAAUUGGACCCGUACUCCUAGCCCCUUAGAAGACAGGACAGCUUUUCCCUCCAAACUGGACCUUACGCCAACCUCAAGCCCCAACCCAGACCGCAAGGUGGCAGACCAAAGGCGGGAGCAAUCAUCAGGGCCUCUUCCUGGUAGCUGGUCAUACCAUAAUAAUCAAGUGGAGCAAAACAGAAAGGAUCAGCUCACUGUCACAGGGGGCAAUAAAGUAACUGUGGUAAUGAGUAAAAGCUCUGACCGACUAUCUCCGAUGAUGAAAGAGACAAGAUCCAAAUUUAAGAAAUCACAGAGCAUCGAUGAGAUUGACAUUGGCGCCUAUAAAGUAUACAGUAUUCCCAUGGACAGCUACAGCUCAUCAAUUGAGCAGCAGAGCAGCUUGGACCGACAAGAGCUGCCAGGUUCCAUGGAGCAGACCAACAUUGCUCGGUCCCAGUCGGCACCUAUGCUGGAUGAGGAACUUGGAUUCCCAACACAUGGCAACCAAAACCAACAGGGGCACAACCAAAAACCUGCAGUACCACAUAAAGCCUACCACUUUGACCAAAAUUAUAAUCCUCAGGUGACUGUGGACCGGCGGGCACCUCCCCCUUUCCCCAAUACACCAGAUUAUGUCAACCACUCAUCAAAAGCAUUGGAGUACAUCAAUCAACCUGGAAAGACAUUACCCAAGGAGUUGGUGAGCCCUCGGUAUCGUGCUUAUCCACCACUGGAGAUGUUUUCCUUUCCUCAAUCACCAGUCAAUCAGGAUGGUUCAUCAACCCAGCAACAGCAACCAAUCCCAUCGCUACGAUCUAGGCCAGGGUUUUUGAGAAGAGCAGACUCACUGGUGAGCUCUACCGAACUUGCUUUAUUCCGUAGAGUCCACGAAGCUCAGCAGGAGGCACUGCAAGAAGCUCAGUACAGACAGCAACACCAGGGGGACCCUCCACUUUAUAGUCGAGCUCUUGCUUAUUCCUCCCCCAUGGACCAUUCUGCCAACAUAGUAGACAACCAGAAUCAAAUGAUGCACAACAAGAGAAAUGGACGCUAUGAUGAUGAUUAUCCCAGCUACCAGGAACAGAAGAAACCCAUGACUGGUUAUCCAACCAAGAGCUUGACUCAACGUCGUCCCCUGUCUGCUAGAAGCUACAGUACUGAGACCUACGGAACAUCCCAGGCACGUCCAGUGUCAGCUCGCCCCACCAUGGCUGCCCUCUUGGAGAAGAUGCCUCCUGACUACACUCUGGCAACAUGCCCAGAGAAGUCUUCAGAAGACACCAUCAAGGUACGACCUGUGGUACCACAGAAGCCUGAAGACAUCACCUCAAAGAUGCCUGCUGAUUGGAGGCAACAGCUGCUGAGGCACAUCGAGGCCAAACGCCUGGACAGGAGUGGUGUCCUAAAGCACAAUAUGCUCACGCUGGGCAUGCUCUGUCAGGGCGGGGGUCACGGCCAGGGGCGCAGCAGCACUUUGAACUUUAACGUUUACAAUAACGCUAAGCAUGAGCCACCUGCUGGCCGCUGGCUGCCACUACCUCCUCCUCCAUCUGCUGCUGCUACCCCCUCUCAGCAGUCUGCUAUGCUGGAUAACGACCAAGAAGGUGUGUCAGGAAGCAAUCAGUGGGUUCCAUACUCACUUGGCAGGAGAGAUGUCCCACCUGACAACCUCAUCAAAAAGGGAGGCCACUCUCACAACCCUCCUCACCAAUCACACAACACCAUGAUUGUUACUUCAUCAUCAUCUUCCUCAGCCACAACCCCUCAUCGUAUGGUUGGCCAGCAGGGUUAUGAUGGUGGAAUGAUGAAUAAGGGGGUGCAGUAUCAGCCAGGAAUGCCUUUAUCAGUUGUUCCAUCUGGCGGGCAAUAUCAAGGAAAUAUGCCUCAAGCCCUUAACACUCCUGGCCAGGUCUACUCAAGUGCUGGCCUGCCCAUGGCCCUAUCCUCAUCUGGAAACCAACCCCAGUACAACCUGCAUACCUCCCAUACGUCACAUCAGCCUCCACACCCUUCUAGCAACCCCCACUACCACAGCAACCAGGGAAUGGCCCAUAGCAACCAGGUUGUUGUGACAACUCACACCAACCCGCGGCCUCAGAGCGCUCGGUGUCUUCUCCAAACUAAAGGCCAGAAGAGCACGGAUGGCUUCCAGGAACAGCUUUGUGUGAGAAUAGAGAAGAACCCUGGUCUUGGUUUUAGUAUCUCUGGUGGCAUCAGCGGUCAGGGGAACCCCUUCAAACCCUCUGACAUGGGUAUCUUUGUUACUAGGGUACAGCAUGACGGGCCCGCUGCUUCUUCUCUGCAGCCUGGAGACAAAAUACUGCAGGCUAAUGGACAUAAUUUUUUACACAUGGAACAUGAGACAGCCGUCUCUCUGCUGAAGAGUUUCCAAAGGACGGUGGACUUGGUGGUUCUGAGGGACAGCAGCACUCCCUAAAAAUACCUUAAAACAAAUAAACACACUAUCACUCCUGUGCUCAUCACCAUCUCCAACCACCCCACCUACCCUCUCCUGAAGGCUGGUGGAACUGGGGAAAAAAAAGUCGCCUUUAAAAAAAAAAUUUUCAAGAGAUUGCUGACAUUUUUUUGCCUAUUGCUGGACUAUAGGCAAGUACAUGUGCCAUAUUGUAAAAGCAUAUCGGCUAUAUGUCUCGAGAUGCGGGGACCUGGUUUUACCCUGAAAGAAUAUUGGAUAAUCCUCGAGUUACCACAGGGCUGCUUCAAUUUGGAUUUUGUGUUCGGGUUAAUAAUUAGGCAUUUAAAUGGUCAGUCUGUUUUGUUGGUCGGUAAAUAGAGAUGAACUGUAAACUUAGUUUUGAAAUUUUGAACCAUUUCUUGGUUGCCAUUUUGACAUUUUAAUUGUUUGUAAACACAUGCACCCAAUAUGUCCUUCUGUUUCCUGUACAUUAAGUUCUAAUCUGAUUUAUCACUCAUUAUUGAUUCUGUACUGCUGUUGCCUGUUCUAGACUUCAGCUCCUAGUGUACAAAAACUAACUUUGUAAAAGAAAAAAAUCUGCCUUGUGUAUAUACAUUGAGCUGCAUCUUUCUGGAGAAUCCCCGCGAAGCCUAAAGUCAUUUUUAUCCUAUUGUUUUCAAGCCACAAAAUUGGCUAUCCUAUGUCUUUGGGUGUAUAAUGAUCAUUUUCUUGACAACAAGGUUGUGUUUUCCCAUUCAAGCUCAAUUACUACAACUUUUUUUCUGUUAUCUCAACUACCUGCUGUGCUAGAAGAAAGCUAAAGCAAUAUUGAUAUUUUUGAGCCGCUGUCCAUUGAGCUUUCCAGCAGAAUUCAACUUAUCCUGCAGUGCCAUCUAAUGAACAACUCAUGCUAAUGUUUACACAUGAAACAAUGCAUAAAGUAUAUGCAACGCUGCAUUCACACAAUGUGUCAAACCCUAUCACUUUCGGGAUCCAGAUGCACCUUUAAAAUAAGCUACACUCAUAAACAGCUUCUCAUUAGUCAUGUUUUGUGUCGCACUUUGAAAAUUCGGCGUGAUUUCUACUAUGUUGUCGACAUCAAAUCUUUUUUUAACAAAUUACUAUAAACCCACAGCAUGCAUUCAAGUCACUAUUUAUUGUUAAGUGGACAUGUUUGCAUUGUGGCAUCUCAGCUCUGUAGUUUACUGCAGAGAAUUAUCUUCUAUAUUUGGUUGAAUAUGAACCCUUUCAUCCUCCCAAGUGAUAUUUACACAGGCCCAAAAUACCAGAACUUACAUUUUUGCGGCCCACAUCUGGUCUGCCCACAGCGCCAGAGGCAACAUGGCUACUGUGGGUGGGGUAACUGUUGUCUGCAUGCAUAUUCUACAAAUCCCAGGCUCUUCUCUGCUUAAAAGACCAGUGUGAAUCAUUUUGAAUGUUUUAAUAGACCUAAACAGAACAUAACCAGCUUCUGAUAGCUGCCCAACACUUUAACAACAAUACUCAUGGACAGUCUCAGACAAUGACUCCCAAUACACUGUGACAAUGCCUGAAGACAACUGAAGUUGAGGGAAAUAAAUGUCAGCUGCAAGUAGAUACUUCACAGCGGUCUUUUAGAAAGUAAUGUAUUCUCAAAACAACACACAAAUGACCACACACAGGAUGAAAAACGAAUAAUAUAUAGGGUCCUGAGUUUUGUCGUCUAUGUACUGUAUGGUACUAUCUGGCAACAAGCAUUCUUUACAUGCCCAGUGCUCUUUGUUGAAGUAUGAAUUUCAUCUGGUGACCAUUAUGUUUCAAUAUACCAUUAUGUUUCAAUAUAAUCGCCAUUUAUUGGCACAAAAAUGGCACAAUUUAGUUAUGUGGCUGUAGUGACAGCCCCCAACACCAUCUAAUUCUAAAAAGUCUAAAAUAUGAAUGGCAUUAUGAUGCAAAAAAAAAAAGUUUAAUAGUUAAAUUAUUUUUACUACAUGUUUCAGGUAAUUCUUUCUAAAUAUAUUGCUAUACAUUAGCAUAGCUCAAAAGUUGUAAUAUUUUCUAAUGAAUCUUAUAGCAAUGUUAUAGAUGAAGGUACGCACAGUGUGACAUGGAAACCUAAACAAGAACUAUCCAAAAGUGUACAAACUGUAUUUCUACUGUAAUUGUAAUUUGUGUCAUACAAAUAUAUCAUAUACAUAAAUACACACACAUAUAUAUAUGUAUAUGGUUAUAAAGUCUUUUUUUAUGUGUUAAGCAUACAAAAGAGCUGAGACAGUUUCACUGUAUAUACAAUAGCUGUGAACGAUCAAAUUGAAAAUGACUCCUACAAAUUGUGAAUGUACUCAUGCUUUCUGCAGUAUACACUUACUCGACUUGAAUGCUGCUUCUGUUGUGUGACGAAAAGUACUUUGACCUCUGACGAGAGAUGUUCUUAAAGUUGGACCGUUUUUAGUGACAGCUUACAGCACUAUUUUCUUUCCUUCUUUAUUUAUUUAUUUAAUUAUUUAUUUGCAAAUGCAAGUUGAAAUCCUUCCACUUUUAAUUGUGAAUAUUUAUGAAGAGAAUUGUAACUGCCGAAGUAUAUACAGUAUAUGUGUAUGUGUAUAUAUACAUAUACAUACAUAUAUAUAUAUAUAUAUAUACGCACACACACACACAGUAUAUAGAUAUAUAUGUGUUUAGAAUGCAUUUUGCAGGUACUAUCUGUACAUACGAUUUAAGAUACAGUUUUUACAAAAAAAAAAGUAUAUGUAUAAAAUUGAAAACAUGCUGUGCAGCAAUUAUUCUGAAGCUAUUUUGGGCUUUGGAACAUACAUUUUUUUCAAUAUAUAAGAGGUGUUUUGAAUAAUGUAUUAAAGUCUCUAUUGUACAAAUA